AUGCACCGGGGUCAGCCCAAACCCAGCCCCAAGAGGGACACUCUACAAGAGAGUCCAGACGAGCUUGCCGAGAUGGAUGGGGCGCUGAACGCGAGACGCAACAGUCAAGUGUUUGGAGGCUUUGUCAUGCUGGUGCCAACUGCAAAGUCAUGGGCCGCGCUAUUGAGCGUUGUGCUCGCCCUUGCCUGCGGCGGUCGCGGCGAUCAGAUCCGCAUCGCGGGCGAGACGCUGUCCAUCGGCAAUCGAGGGUUUGCCAACACUGGUACCCCCUUUGAGCGACUUCCCACCGUGGCUAAUGGCGCCGUUCGCGAUGCCGUGUGGGACCUUUCACUCGACUCAGCCGGCAUGUACGUGCAAUUUGUAAGCAACGCCAAGGAGCUGAAGAUUGAUCUCAACUUGACGAGCUCCACGGGUGCCUCGGGUUUCGACCUCUAUGCCUAUGAUGAUAGCACUGCCCUGUGGCGUUGGAUCGCUACUCCGACCCCAGCCUACCCAAUGACGAGCUUGUCCUUUAAUGCAUCCCGCCUCGUGGCAGAUGGCCGUGAGCGCCGCUAUAGGCUUCAUACACCGCUGUACAACGGCAUCCGAGCACUGGAGUUUGCGAUCGAUGAUGUGCGUUUUCAUUUCCCCAUCUCCAUGCGAAAUGUGAAAAAACGGUCCCCGCCUGCUUGCUAUCUGCAAGACGACGCACGCAAAAUGGAACUCAAUGUGACACAAUUUCUGGUGCAGAUCAACGCCAGCGUCUUUGUGAUUGACUGUAACCCCAAUCUCAAUGACGAAGAGGUGGCCGCCCUUGCCGUGUCGUGGAUUUCCGCCAAUGUUCGAGACGAACAAGCCAAGAAGCGCGCAGCCUUGGCUGCUGCCUUUGCUCAGCUCAAAAAAACCGACAAAAACCUCUACUACGUUGCUGGCACAGAUUUUUACGAUCAUGCAGCCGACAACUACACCGACCCGACCGUGGGCGGAACACAUCCCUCUGAUUUGGGCAUGCGCCAAAAUAUCGCUGUUCAUGAGCCGCUGCUCACCCAGCUGGUUCAAACAUCGCCCCGACGAAACAUGCCUUUUCAGCCCGUAAACGGGCAGCGCUUGUUGCCUCUUGCUGAUGCGGCUGCUGCUGCUCGCUCCCAGCCAUCCGACCACCGGCCCGCUGAUCACGUCGAGGUCCUUCGCCGAGCAGCUCCCCUCCCCAUGUCCACCGCUGACUGGACCACGACUCAGUUCCGGGAUCUGGAAAUUCAUGGCCGCGGAUUCAACAACUCGGGUCCGACUGACUUUUUCACUCGUCUUCCACCUGCCGCUCAAGGCGUUGUGCGCGAUGCUGUCUGGAAUUUGAGCCGCUAUUCAACUGGACUUUUCUUGCGCUUCGCCACUGACGCUACCACGUAUGCUGUUUACGGCCUGCCAGCUCGCCUCUCUCCCCCCUCGCUCCCCGGCAUUUCGCAAAGGAACGCUCCUCUCACUCCUAUCUGCUUUUUGCCCCCUAUGCAUUGA